GCUUCUUCCCAUUGCCGUGGUUUGAGCUUACUCCCAUUCGGCAUGGCGCGUCUGCUUCGACUUCUAUAACUCAGAGGAAUCAAAACCCUCAUUCUGCAGGGGCUGCGUUCUGUCAAGGUGUCUCGCUUUGUGGUUGUACAAGAGAGAUUUUGGGGUGAACUGGGAUAUGGCUUCUUCGGAUGAUGAGGCCGAAGUUCCUCCGCAAGCUGUGUCCAAUUACCAUUUUGAAGAUGACGAGAAAGUGCCCGUUUCAUUUUCUGUUUUGCCAAUUCAAUGGAGUGAAUCUGAGUAUACAGAUGGCGAAAGUGGGCAAGUGUUCCUUGACGGUUUUGCAGAUAAUGGGCUGCAGAAAGUAUUUAUGCAAGUCGUUGCAUGGAAGUUUGAUAUUUCCAGUAUAAAACCUGAGAUAUCAGUGCUAUCAAAGAAUGGUAGACAAUGGGUCAAACUUGAGAAGCCAAAGAAGUGGUUUGAGGAUAACAUAAGGACGAUUUUAAUUGCUAUUCACUUCCUACAUUAUGUGCAGAAAAAUCCUGAAACAUCUGCGAAAUCUGUGUGGGGCUACUUGUCUAAGGUUUUGAGUUGUUAUGAAGUUAGGCCUUCACAAAACGAUUUGGUGAACCACUUACAAGUAAUUCGUGAAGCUGUUAAAAGGAAUGCCAUCUUGGCUAAGUCCAAGCUUUUACUCAUGGUUCUUGAGAAGCCAGGGAAUGUCAAAGUGCUUGAUGAGGAAGCUAAUAAUUUAGCAAGGCCUGCAUUUAUAGUGGAUGAUGACAUAAUUGAUGAGGCCGCAGAAGAGUCGGAUGAGGAUGAUGAUUUGUUUGAUUCUGUUUGUGUAUUUUGUGACAAUGGUGGUGAAUUGCUGUGUUGUGACGGAAUAUGCAUGAGGUUAUUCCAUGCGACAGAGGAGGAUGGUGCAGAAUCCUUUUGUGACUCUCUUGGUCUUACUCAGAAGGAAGUUGAUGAGAUCCAGAGUUUUAAAUGCAAAAAUUGUGAAUAUAACCAGCACCAGUGCUUUGUAUGUGGCAAGUUAGGUUACUAUGAUAAAUCCUCGCGUGCUGAGGUUUUUAAAUGUGAUGUUGCAACUUGUGGCCGCUUUUACCAUCUGCACUGUGUUGCUAAAGAACUUGGGAAAAAUAUUGCCGAUGGAGAAAGUUUUAUUUGUCCUAUUCAUUCAUGCUGUGUCUGUAAGGAAAGAGAAAAUAAGAAGAAACAUGAAUUGCAAUUUGCUGUUUGUAGGCGUUGUCCUAAAGCAUAUCAUCGCAAAUGUUUGCCAAGGGAGAUUGCUCUUGAAGACAAUGAAGAAGAUGAUAUUCUGACAAGGGCUUGGGAAGGUCUAUUACCAAAUAACCGCAUACUUAUAUAUUGUUUAAAACAUGAGAUUGAUGAGGAACUUGGAACACCAAUGAGAGAUCAUAUCAAAUUUCCUGAGAUUAAAUGUCCUGUUGAGGAAAUUGAUUCUUCCUUAGAGGCAAAGACAAAGCUUUCAACACGAGAUAGAGUUCUGUCAGACAAAAAUAAUGUUGAUCGAGAUGAUUCUAAUUGCAAACGUACUAAUCGUAAAGUCUCUAAACUGACUGAGAAAUCAUCUUCUGGGAAAGCUAGUUUAAAGAAAGAGUCCAAACAGAUCAUUUCUGGAUCAAAUGUCUCAAGGAAACGAAAAGCAAAUGAUGCACCAAAGAGGCACCUGAAUGAAAAAAAGAAGUCAAUCCCAAAGGAAAGCAAAAACCUUGAUGGCAAGGAGAGUCAAUCUUCAUUUGGCCUAAGAUUGUUUGAUGCUUACAUGACCGAGAGUUCCAAGAAAAUUGAACCUAGGGAGCAUGAGGCUAAUGGAGCUAAUAAGUCCCUUCCUGUGAAGUGUACUAAGAAGGAGCUGAGCAAUACAUUGACUCAACUAGACUCUGAUUCAGAGAGGAGAUUGUUGGAUUUGUUCAAAGAAGCAACAUCAUCAAUCUCCUUGGAUGAUGUGUUAAGAAAGCACAAAUUUGCAUCUAGUCAAACUCAUCCCUUACGAACUUAUGUGGAGAAGACCAUUACUGCUGGGAAGUUGGAGGGCUCAGUUGAUGCUGUUCGAACAGCUCUAAAGAGGCUAGAUGAAGGGAAAAGUAUUGAGGAUUCAAAAUCUGUUUGUGAUCCUGAUAUAUUGACCCAGAUAUUUAAAUGGAGGGACAAGUUGAGAGUUUAUCUUGCACCUGUUUUGAAUGGUAAUCGGUACACAUCUCAUGGCCGCCAUUUUACGAAAGUAGAAAAACUUGAAGGGGUUAUCGAUAGGCUCCAUUGGUAUGUCCAAAAUGGUGAUACGAUCGUGGACUUCUGUUGUGGUGCUAAUGAUUUUAGCAUCCUGAUGAAGAAAAAACUUGAAGAGACUGGGAAGAAAUGCUUUUACAAAAACUAUGAUUUACUUCCAACAAAGAAUGAUUUUAAUUUUGAAAUGAGGAACUGGAUGUCUGUCAAAGUGAAGGAGCUGCCUAAGGGUUCACAAUUGAUUAUGGGCCUCAAUCCCCCCUUUGGUGUUAAUGCGAAUUUGGCUAACAAGUUUAUCGAUAAGGCUCUUGAGUUUCAGCCAAAGCUGCUUAUUCUUAUUGUUCCACCGGAGACAGAGAGGUUAGAUAAUAAGCGAACCCCUUAUGAUCUUGUUUGGGAGGAUGCUGACUUUCUGUCAGGCAAGUCAUUUUAUCUGCCUGGAUCACUUGAUGUUAAUGACAGACAAAUGGAUCAAUGGAACGUGAAGGCACCUGUACUGUAUCUUUGGAGUCGUCAUGACUGGAUUGAUAAACACAAGGCGAUAGCCCAGGAGCAUGGUCAUGUGCCCAGCCAACGUGAUGUACUGAUAGAAAAGAGGUUUGAUGGAAUUUCACCUGCAGAUCGUACUGUGGAUGGUAAUCAUGGCAACAAUCUCACGUUGGAUCUUGACCUUCCAAAGCUAGACAAUGAUCCUGAUGGUGGUCGGGCUUCAAGGAACGGGGGUCUAGAAGAAAAUUCAUCUCAUGGUAAUCUUGCCAAUGGGAAUCAUGUGGUACAAGAGCAUAGCAUAAGCAAAAGCAAUUCCGGGAAGAGCAUAAUCAAUUCUGACAAGACAUCACAGAAGAAUCGUGCUGAUGAGAAUGCUGGUAGAGGAUGUGAUGUAGCUUCACCAGCCAACAAACAGCCGGUAAAUGAUACUUAUGACAAAGUGAUGCAACACAGGGUAUUCAAUGGCAGACCAGCAGAGGAAGAUUUUCGAUCUACUUCAGUGUCUCCACAUGAGUUCAAUAGUAAUGCAUACGAGAAUUACGAGUCCACCUCUCGCUCACAUGUGACGUAUGGUAGAGCCGAUCAUGGGACUGAAAAUCAAAAUCGGCCGAGUUCUGCUCGUUCUCGUUCUAAUUAUGGAGCUAGAAAUUUUGAGGAACAUCAUAAUAGCCCUCUGGUAGACAGCCCCAGUAGCUUCGAAUAUAGACCCCAUCUCAGGGAUGAACAGCAUUGGAGGCAAGCAGAUAUUAGGCAACAAAUUCGCGUGUAUGGGAUUCAGGAACCAGAUUAUUUGAGAAGUAGGUAUCAAUCUGGUGAUGAUCAUGCUUUUGGCCCCUUGGGGACUAGCUAUAGUCAACUUAGUUCCGAUCAUAGGUCAUCCUACAUGAGUACAUCAGCAAUGCAACGAUAUGCACCUCGCCUGGAUGAAUCAAACCAUGUCAGGACAAGGACUUUAGGGUUAGAACAAUCAAUAAUUGGUAGAAAUAGCAACUUUGAUCCUCGUGUGCUGCCACCACAUGGAUAUGGAGGGCCACCACCACAACCUGGAUAUGGAAGCCCGCUGCUGCCACAUGGAUAUGGAGGCCCACCACCACAGCCUGGAUAUGGAAGCCCACCGCGACAACCUGGAUAUGGAGUUCCACCACCACAACCUGGAUAUGGAGGUACUCCGAUGGGUUUUGUGCCUCCUCGCAAUGCAUAUUCCCACUAUCACUCGGCUGGGUGGCUCAAUGAGUAGUUACAAUUGUCACAAUCUGUUAAGGUUUCCCAGUUAACUUCUACAUACUCUGUAAACGAGAUAUUAUGUUCUUAGACACUGUUGAUGGUCUUUUAAUUUUUUCGUACAACAAUUCGGGGCUGAUCUUAAAUUUGUUGUGUUCCUCUGUAA